AUGGAGAUCCUCCAACAAGGCACUAUGUCGAUGUUCCCGGGGAUGGAUCUUACGAAAAUGGAUCCUCCAACUCUUACCCUCCUUGGAGCAGCUUGUUGUGUAAUGUUGUCUAUGCAUUUCACAGUACAGCUGGUAUCACAGCAUCUUUUCUAUUGGAAAAAUCCCAAAGAGCAGAAGGCUAUACUCAUUAUAGUGCUGAUGCCUCCAUUGUAUGCUAUAACUUCCUUUGCUGGUCUUCUGGAUAUUAAGGGAAGCAAAACAUUUUUUACAUGCUUGGAGUCUGUUAAAGAAUGCUAUGAAGCACUGGUUAUUGCUAAGUUUCUGGCAUUGAUGUACAGCUACUUAAAUAUAUCUAUCAGUAGAAACAUUGUACCUGAUGAAAUCAAAGGGAGGGUGCUUCAUCAUUCUUUCCCUGUUUCUCUUUUCCUGGCUUCACUUUGGCAGCCCCGUAAUGUUCGGUUGGAGCACAAGACACUUAAGCUUCUGAAGUACUGGACCUGGCAAUUUGUUGUUGUUAGGCCAGUAUGCUCCAUUCUGAUUGUUGCACUUCAGCUGCUUGGGUUGUACCCCAGCUGGGUCAGCUGGACCUUCACAAUUAUACUUAACUUUUCAGUCUCCAUGGCAUUAUAUGCCUUGGUCAUAUUCUAUCACUUGUUUGCUAAGGAGCUGGCACCUCACAAGCCUCUUGCUAAGUUCUUGUGCAUCAAAGGGAUAGUCUUCUUCUCUUUCUGGCAGGGCUGUGCGUUGGAUGUUUUGGCUGGUGUAGGGGUUAUUCAAUCUCACCAUUUCUGGCUGGACGUGGAGCACAUCCAGGAGGCAAUCCAGAAUGUGUUGAUUAUCCUGGAAAUGGUCAUUUUCUCAGUUCUCCAGCAGUACGCGUAUCACGUUGCUCCGUACAGUGGCGCUGACAAGGCAAAAUUCGAGAAGAAGAAUGAAUGA